AUGUCUGCCCUCUACAACCUCGAGCCGCAGCCGACGGCCUCAGCCAUCAUCCACACCACGCUCGGGGAGAUCCUGGUGGAGCUCUUUGCGAAGCAGACGCCGCUGACGUGUCGAAACUUCCUCCAACUGAGUCUCGACGGCUACUACGAUGGCACCAUCUUCCACAGGCUCGUGCCCAACUUCAUUCUCCAGGGUGGCGACCCGACGGGCACCGGCAACGGGGGCGAGUCCAUCUACGACGGGGGCGCCUUCAGCGACGACCUUGACCCGUGGCCGAUGGACCAGCGGCAUGGCAGGAACGCGGGGCCGGCGGGCAUCAACUUCAAGGAUGAGUUCCACUCGCGCCUCAAGUUCAACCGACGCGGUCUCUUGGGCAUGGCAAACGACGGCCGGCCUGAUACAAACGGGAGCCAGUUCUUCUUCACACUGGACAAGACGGACGAGUUGACUGGCAAAAAUACGCUGUUUGGACGAGUCGCGGGCGACACGAUAUACAACCUGGCCAAGAUUGGCGAGUCGGAGGUGGAAGAGGGGUCUGAGCGGCCUUUGUACGCUGUCAAGAUUGAGAGGAUCGAGAUCUUGGUGAACCCGUUUGAGGACAUGACGAAGCGAUCGCGAGUCGCUACACGAGUCCAGCCCAAGGCGCCGGCACCUAAAGAUAAAAAGAAGAAGAGGAAAGGAGGAAAGCAGCUUCUCAGUUUUGGCGACGAAGAGGACGACGAAGUGCCGGCAUUUAAAAAGACCAAGUUUGACACAAGGCUGAUUGCUGAUGACGAGGUCGAGGAGGAACGACCACUCGGCAAAAGGUCUACGCACCGAGAACCCUCAAAAGUAGCCAAGCCGUCACAGACCGUCAUCGUCGAUCCAGAAGGCAAAGACGAGGAAACCGCCAGUCAUGCCGGACCCGAGCCCAUGGUGGACAAGAAACCAAAAUCACGACCCGAACCCGAAACUUCAGCACCAAAGCCAUCUCCAGAGCCAGAACCCAUCAGGAAGAGCGCGCUUCAAAAGGCCAAGGAGGAGAUGGCGGCGCUCAAGGCGUCAAUGCGACGGACAGUCCCCUCGGAACAGGCAGUGACGGAGAAAGAAAAGUCUGCGCUGGAGUCAAUGAUACCCGAGACGUCGAUGCGUGGACGCAAGAGGCGGCCGGCGGGGAACAACACGUUGAGCAACGAAGACGCAGACACCGUGCGCAUGCUCAAGGCCUUCCAGUCAAGGCUCGACAAGGCGCCCCCUGAAAAGGAGACGACUCAGGCGUCGAGUGCCCAAGACCAAGACGGCGGCGACGACGGCUCAGGGGCGGCGGGCGAGGAAGCGGAGCUAUGCGACCUGCACUUCAUCGCAAACUGCCAAAGCUGCACGGCAUGGGACAAGCAGGACAAGGAAGAAAGCGACGACGAAGGGUGGAUGUCACACUCGCUGUCCUUUGCGGCGGAGAAGCUCGGCAGGGACCUCAGCAACCGGAGAAAGGCCGAGGAGGAACUGGUCGUCAUCGACCCGCGGGAGAAGGCGCGCACGCUCAAAGAGGAGAAGCAGGCCCAGCGAGAGGCGCGGGCGGGGGGGUCUGGGCGCGCGUGGGAUCAGGCGCGCAACGCGAAGCUGGCGCGGGCGGGGUCGCUGGCGGGGAGGGGGGCCAAGUGA